CUGAGUUUUUCACUUUUUACUUCAUUGUUUUGUGUACACAGCAUCAAGUUUCUCCCUCUCUCUAUUCUCCCCCUCCUCCUCCUCCUCCCUGUCCGUCUCAGCCGCUCUGAGAUUCUGUCGGAAGACUGUGGGUCUGAAAGACGAGUUCUACAAUCGCUACAUAGUCAGAGACAAUCUCCUUGCCCCCAUUAUUAAGGCCAAUGGACGGAGAUACAACCUCCUCAACUCUUCUAUCAUUGAACUCUUUGAAUACCUCAGAGUGGAGAACGUCAAGUCUCUGGUGAGCUAUGUGGUAGAGAACUUUUGGUCCACUCUGGAACACAUUGAGUACGUGGACACAUUCAAUGCACUGAGGCUGAAACACGAGCAGGAGAUGGAUAGACGGGACAACAAGGACUCUGCCCCUGCAGUCCCUGGUAUUCUGCAUGGAGGAGGUGAGGUGAUGACUCGUUACCGUAGGGACCCCCGGCAAAUGGGUGAGGACGAGGAGGCGUGGUUUGACGAAGAAGAGGAAGAGGUAACGGCCAUCUACACGGAUCCUUUCACCUCCUCCCCCACUCCCCCUCUCCACUCCCUCCCUGUUCCCACCUCCUCCACCUCUCCCCCAAGCACCACUAGCACAACCUCCACCACCUCCACCUCCUCAUCUCCUCACAGCCCUCCCACAAUCCGCUUGGAUGCCACACUUACAUCAAUCCCACCUUCCUCCACCUCCUCCUCUUCUCCUUCCAAGCCUAUCCCGGCUCCCUCCCCCUUCACACAAGUCUCCUACAGCCCACGACCACCUGCAGCUCUAAAUAGAGCACCCCAGUCUGAGUCAUCCUCCAUCAAGACCCCUAUUGUUACACAGGUAUUGGUAAUGGUGGCAAGUGGCAGAAACAGACAGGCAGAGUGAUGCACAGUGAUGCACACUCACUGACAAAUAAUCCUUGCUGUGCAUACUCUUGUUAAGAUUGUCUAACCCAUAGCCCUGCCCUCUUCUCAUUAUUCUGAUGUAAGAACCAAGCAGUUUUAAUAAUGGCCCCCCAGUCUGUCUACUGAGGUUCAACCACAUGUCCUUGUGCCUAUAUAUUCACUUCAGGCUUUGAAGAGUCUGGUGGAUUAUGAUGAAGAUAGCGACGAGGAAGAAAAGUCGGAAGACCAGGUGGAGAGUCCGGCAAAACGAAAGAAACUCGAUGAUACAUAGCUCCGUAUUUUGUAUUAGCCCAUUAUUUUGACCUAUAUACUGUUCUGUGCUCCUUCAAAUGGCAGCUUUAUUGUCAUGUGUCAUGUGCUAAUGAAGCAUAAAAAUCUGU